GUCAAUCACAAGUGCUGCUGUGAAGAGAACAAUUGUCAGACUGAAUGUUGAACAUCAGCUAGUUUCUCCUGUUGAUUUAAACCUUGUUGUAGAGAUGGAACAUUGGCUGUGGAUUAUUCUUGCUGCUCUUUUCUUUGAGUGUAAAGGAGAAGACAGAGUGAACCAGACAACAGGAGAUGUCAUCGCUACUGAAGGACACACACUUACACUGGACUGUACAUUUGAGACCAGUUACCCAAAUCCUACUUUGUUCUGGUACAAACAGGAAGUUCAUGAUUACCCAAAGUCUAUCCUGCAACGCUACUCUGGAGCAAAGGAUGCUGGAGACGUUCAGAAAGACAGAAUUGAUGCUAGAGUCGACAAGAAAUCAGUUCCUCUGAGGAUCCAGAAGCUUCAGCUGUCAGACUCUGCUGUGUACUACUGUGCUCUGAGGGCGCUGGGAGAGGUGGUGGAGGUGGCCACGGCGAACCCACAGGCUGAAGGCGAUGAACCCGACAGAGACGCUCGGUCAACGGUGUCGGGAGCUGCGGCCGUGAGUCGGGCCUCCGCCGUGGCUCUGGCUGGCUGCGUGGACACGGAGGUUGACAACUUUUUACGGGACAUUGUUCAUCCUUGGAUACAAAGUCGACAGACUGGUGGAAAGUCAACGCGGGGAGAUUCCCCGGACCGGCAAAGCUGGCAGGCCAGAACGUCUGCAUACAUGCAACAUCAUACCAUCCGACAGGAUGUUUACCAGAACUGUUCAGGUCCAAGCUUCAUUCACAACGUUCACAUCUGA